GUGCAGCCGUACACAGCAAACUGCGCCAUGGAGACGGUAUCAACAGUAAUAGUCAUCGGUCUUGUGUCGUUUUGUGGUGUCAGUGUCGUACAUGCUGACACCAGUUUGACAGCUUUCAAUGGCCGACUGAACCUACUAGAGGGAGAUAUCAACGCAUUGAAUCAAACAGCUGUUAAUCUUGAGACAAAAACGAAUUAUAAAUUUAGCACGCUGGAGUCAUCACUGAAAGAGAGCCUGACUAACACGUUCAUUCCUGCCUUGAUAAAGGGUCUAGUGAAACAAGCGAUAACUGACAUCCUGAAAGAAGGUUACAAUGAAGAUAUGAUUAGCAGCCUGACCCAAGACAUCCAUAGUUUACAGCUGCAGCUGAAUGAGACGGUAACUGGUCUUCGUGAUGCAAAGAUGGUGAACACUGUUCUCAGACAGGAUCUGAUGACACUGAAUACAAGCUGCGUGAAGAUGAGCCAAUCGAUUGAACGACUCACCAAUAAUAAACAAUCAUGCAGGGAGGGCUUGCGGGGAAUGCAGCAAAAGUUACGCACUGACAUUCAGAGUUUAAACAAUCAAUUAAAUCAGACCAUUGAUGAUCUGCAUGACUCAAAGCAAAGAAUCACUGGUCUUACGGAGGACAUGAUGGCACUGAAUACAAGCUGUGUGAUGAGAGAAGGGUUUGAAGAGAACGAUGUUAAUGAAACGUCGCUGUCUACAUCCUCGUUGACGCAAGUGCCAUCCACCACAUCGCCCCCUAUGUUUCCUGGUGCUGCAGGAGCCUCGAACGACCCGAGUCAGGGAGAAAGGGCUGCACAGAUGACGACAGUGACGACCCAUGCCUCGAGCGAUCCGAGUCGGACAGCGAGGACACCAGUGACGUCUACAAAAAAGCCUGCUACACAGGCGACUCCAUCACCAACAGAAUGCGAGGACCUCUAUGACGCCAGCGAAGCCGGGAGCCUGGAGGAGGUGAAGCGGAUCCUGUCUCUGGGCGUCGACGUCAAUUGUAGGUGGGGAGAGUGGAGCAUGACACCGGUGAUGAGGGCAGCAUACAGGGGACACAGAGACGUGGUGGAGCUCCUGGUGAGUGAAGGGGCCGAUGUGUCACUGGUGGACAGGGACGGUGACAACACCCUUCAUUUCGCCUGUAGGGGAGGUCACUUGGAUACGGUGAAGUUUGUGCUGUCACUGAACGCCGUGGACAUCGACGCCAGGGACAACUCGGGGGAGACUGCGGCCGACUGGGCGAGAUACUGGGGAUAUUCGCGAGUGGCGGAUCUGCUCGUGUCCCGCGGCGCUCAGUGACGUCAGUAUCUGACAGUGACGUGGUGUGCCGUUCACGUCGUCGUGUGUAAAUAUGUCUUUAUUUACGUGAAACUGUUUGUUGUUUUUGGAGAUGAAUAAAACUUGUAAAAGCUU